AGUAUAUGGAUGCCCGAAACAUCAUAGCACAGCGACCACCAGCCUCACUCCCCACCAGGAAUGGCCCCUGUGUCCCUCCAUCACUCAUCCUUUCUUUCUGAAGACGCUUGCCUAUGCUCAGUGUAUGAUUCUGCUCGGUUGAGUGUGUCUGCUCGGUUGAGUGUGUCUGGGACCGGUUCAGAGCGCUGGAGCAUCUGCCUGGCACGAUGACCCCUGAGUCUGAUCCUUGGCACCAUGUUUCCCGCACCCCCAGCACCACCUACCGACUCCCAAGGAUGGGUCAGUCAGAGCAGCACCAUGUCACUCAGGCUUCUCCUAUGGCCUGCCCUGUUGGCCUGACCUGAUGUAGCCCCCUCUGAUAGCUGAUAGCUGUUCAUCUCCAAGACCUGGGAAGCAAAUGUAUGAAUAGGGUGAAACAGGCCUGAGAACAGGAGCUUCUUAGAAACCCCAGCAAGAUUUGAUUCCUGGUUUUUGGUUUGAUGCCCCUCAGUGCCUGAUCCCCCAAGCACCACAGGGAGUACCCCCUGAGCAUUGUCAUGGGAGUAGCCCCCAAAUCAACAUUGGCAAUGAAGACAGAAAAGGGCAUCAUAUAAUAAUGAAAGAGUCAAUCCAUCUAAAAGACAUAACAAUGCUAAACAUAAUGAGCUGAACAACAUAAGUGUACCUAUCAACAGGGCCUCAAAAAUAUAUGAAGCAAAAUGGACACAAUUGUAUAUAAAGGGAGAAUAGUUCAGCAAUAGGAGUCGUGGGCUUUAGUAUCUUGCUUUCAGUAGUGAGCAGAAUAGCACAACGUUUCAGAAAUAAAGAACACUAUAAACCAAAUAAUCUAACAGACAUGGGGCUGGAGCGAUAGCACAGCAGGUAGGGCGUUUGUCUUGCACACGGCUGACCCGGGUUCGAUUCCCAGCAUCCCAUAUGGUCCCCUGAGCACUGCCAGGAGUAAUUCCUGAGUGCAGAGCCAUGAGUAACCCCUGAGCAUUGCCGGGUGUGACCCAAAAAUCUUAAAAAAAAUCUAACAGACAUGUGUAGAAUGUGGGACCGGAGAGAAUGGGGGUUAAGGGGUUAACCUUGUAAACAGAGGGCCCCAGUGUGAUCCCCAGCACCACACAUGGUCCCUUGAAGACCGGCAAGAGUUACCCCUGGUCCAGAGUCAGCUGUAAGCCCUGAGCACAACUGGAUGAGACAAAAACCAAGAAACAAAGACAUCUGUCGAAUAUUCUAUCCGACAACAGCAAAUACAGAAAGGACAUAGGACAUUCUCUAAGAGAGAUCAUAAAACAAUAUUCAAUACAUUUAAAAUGAGUUAAAUAAUGCAAAAUUUGUUUUCUGAGAACAUAGGGGUAAACUGAAAGUCAAAAGCAAUGAAAAUUUGGAAAAUUUCCAUUGCUCCUAAGUACCCAAUUAGGGAAGAAAUCACAAGGGAAAUUAGAGAAUAUUUUGAGUGAGAUGAAAAUUAAAACACAACAUACCAAGACUUCAGGGAUGUAGCAGAAGUGCUGGUUAGAGAGAAUUAUAGCAGCAAGUAACUCAUUAAAAAAGAAGAAGGCAGGCCGGGAGAUGCCCAAAGUGCUGAAGCAACACUGCAUUUGGGAGUCCUGGCUUUGACCCCCAGAACCACAUGGGCGUCACUGGGUGCUUCCCCUGAGCACUGCACCAGAAGUAAUUCCCAGCACUGCUGGUUGUGGCCCAAAACAAAAAGCAAAGGAAGCAGAAAACUUCUGUUGCACAGUAAUGUAACUUUACACCUUGUUAGAGUAGAAAAAGCAAACAGAAACAACAGCAAAGUAUUAAAGUAUUAGAGUAAAGAUAAAUAAGAUGUGAAAAAUGAGAAAGUAAUGAAUGAGAUUUUUUUUUAUUUUAUUGAAUUACCCUGUGAUAGUUACAAGCUUUCAUGUUUGGGUUACAAUAGCACAAUGAUCAAACACCAUCCCUCCACCAAUGCACAUUCCCCACCACCAGUAUCCCUGGUAUACUCCCCCUUUCCCACCCUCCCCCUGCCUCCAUGGCAGACAAUAUUCCCCAUACUCUCUCUCUACUUUUGGGCAUUAUGGCUUGCAACACAGACACUGAGAGGUCAUCAUGUUUGGUCCAUUAUCUACUUUCAGCACACAGAAAGAUGUUUUUUUUUUCUUAAAUCAACUAAAUUGACAAAUCUUUAGUUAGGUUAACUAAGAAUAAAGAAGAGAUGAUGUAAAGGAUGAAAAUCCAAAACAAAGAGGGAACAUUAAUACUAACCAAAUGAAAUAGACUAAUUCCUAGAAAGACCAACUACCAAAACUUACUCAAGAAAGGAUAGGCAGGGGCAGUGGGUAUGAAGUAGUGAUAGUACAGGUAUUAAGUGCUUCAUUUGCAUCUGGCCAACUCAGGUUUGAUCCCGGGCACCCCAUAUGGUCUCUUGAGCAUCUCCAGGAGUGAUUCCUAAGUGUAGAGCCAGGAGUAAGCCUACAGCACAUCUGAGUGUGGUCAAAAACAAAAAGAGAAGGAAGGAAGGACAGACAGACUUUCUGCUUUUCAGAUAAAAUCAAGUGCAGUACCUUUUUUUUUUUUUCUGGACCUAUGUAAAAAAAAUACCUCUAGGAGAACCCGGCAAGCUACCUAGAGUAUCCUGCCCGCACUGCAGGGCCUGGCAAGCUACCCGUGGCAUAUUCAAUAUGCCAAAAAUAGUAAGAAUGGGUCUCAUUCCCCUGACCCUGAAAGAGCCUCCAUCGUUGGGAAGGACGAGUAAGGAGAGGCUGCUAAAAUCUCAGGGCUGAGUGUAAUAGAGACGUUACUGGUGCCCGCUCGAGUAAAUCCAUGAACAACGGGAUGACAGUGAUACAGUGAUGUAAAAAAAAAAAAAAAAAAAAAGGUAGAAAGAGAUGAGGGAGAUCCAGACAGAGAAAGGAGAGGAGAGAUACAGUAUCCAUUCUUAUUCAGCUUAAGAAGAAGAAAGAGGGGCUGAAGAGAUAUUGCUAGAGGGCAGGACACUGGCCUUGCAUGCGGCUGACCCAGGUUUGAACCUCGGCAUCCUAUAUGGAUCCCUGAACCUGCCAGGAAUAAUUGUAGUAAGCGUAGAGCCAGGAGUAAGCUCCGAGCACCGCCGUGUGUGGCCCAAAAUCAAAAAAGGAAAAAAAAAAAAAAAGAAGCUGCAGAAGCUGUGCUGGCAGUGCCCCUGGAAAGCCUUUGAGUGAUACUAGAGCCCACCAGCGCACCACCUCUACUAUCCCUGGCACCGCACCCUUUGUCCACUUACAACUAGAGACGCCUGUAGCGGCUCAACAUGACAGCUGAACUACAGUUCCCAGCAGGCGAUGCAGACGUCAUAGCAGAGCGCCAGACGACAUCUGGGAAAAAAAUUCGCGACCUGCGCGGCGCAAGGGGCUUCGGGAGUUGUAGUUCACGGCAGUUCUGCGCAGACGCACUUUCCUGCUGGGGGCCGCCGGGUUGCUUCUUUGUGGUGGUCGCUGUCCUUUUGAAGGAGGCGAGUAGACACGAGCAUCUGCCCCAGCGCUAGGCGGUCUAUCAGUGUGCCCCGAGCCCGUGUGCUGUCCCCGCUCCGCGCCUGCUGUCGGCUGAGCCCAAGCCCGCCCCGGGUCCCUUGGAGAACUAUGAGGAGCUGCGCGAGGCGCGGGUGAUGGGGAGAGAUCUACCGGGGCUGCGGGGCGCUGGCCGAGCCCGCCUGACCCCGGUCUCGGGGUACGUGCUCAUGCAGCCGUGAGUGGUGUGCCACCGCUCGGUCGCCCGGACAGAAGCUGACCCUGAGUCCCGGGAGCCGGACCCGCCCCUCCGGGCCUGCCUGGAGCGCAAGAGGCUGCCUAACUGCCCACGCCUCCUGGGGCCGCUGCUGGGGGCGCCAUGGAGACCCCUGCACAGAAACCUGAGGAGCCAGCUCCACCCUCCCAGGAGCUCGCCCUUGCCCUGCAGGAGAGUCCAGAGGAUGAAUUGGGUGCGGGUCUGCAGGAUGCUGGCCCCAAGGAACCGGUGACUUUCAAGGAUGUGGCUGUGGACUUCACCCAGGAGGAGUGGGGGCAGCUGGACUCCCUGCAGAGGGCCCUGUACCGCGAUGUGAUGCUGGAGAACUACCAGAACCUCCUGGCCCUGGGGCCUCCAGUGUGCAAGCCAGACAUCAUCUCCCAUCUGGAGCAUGGUGAGGAGCCGUGGUGGGUGCCCGUCAGCGUCCCUGGAGGACCUUGUCCAGAGCCGGAGCCCUCUCCCCUGCCGGUGGUCUGCAAGAACGAGCCUGCUCCGGAGCACGUGACUGGGUGGCUGCUGAGAACCUGCCCCCACGGCUCCAGUCCCAGGGCUGGGUGGUCCUGGGAGAGCCCGACAGGAGCUCCAGCCAGAGUGGAGGCCGUGCUGGGGAGGCGGCUACUGGACAGCUGUGGGGACGUCCCUCCAGAGGACAGCUGGCUGGGACCAGAGGCAUCAGAGGCAGCAUCCCCCCUGAGGGCUGCUCUCUUGGCCCCGCAGAGCCUCCCCGUGCCCGGAAAGCUGCCUGCCCCUCAGCGCCCAGGGACUUUGCAACCUGUGGCGGAGGCCGCCUCCGAGCUCCCGCGCUCCGGGAACAGCAUGUGCAAGUCAGGGGCGCCCAGGAAGUCCCCGGCGGGGCCCCAGCCCAGGCAGGGCCCCGGGGAGGAGCGGUUCGUGUGCAGCGAGUGCGGGAAGGCCUUCGGGCAGAGCGCGGCGCUGGCACUGCACCAGCGCUGGCACGGCCGGGAGAAGGCGUACAAGUGUAAGGAGUGCGGCAAGGCCUUCACGUGGAGCACCAACCUCAUCGAGCACCAGCGCAUCCACACGGGCGAGAAGCCCUUCUUCUGCGGCGAGUGCGGCAAGGCCUUCAGCUGCCACUCGUCGCUGAACGUGCACCAGCGCAUCCACACGGGCGAGCGGCCCUACAAGUGCACGGUCUGCGAGAAGGCCUUCAGCUGCAGCUCGCUGCUCAGCAUGCACCGGCGCGUGCACACGGGCGAGAAGCCCUACCGCUGCGGCGAGUGCGGCAAGGCCUUCAGCCAGCGCACGCACCUCACCCGCCACCACCGCAUCCACACCGGGGAGAAGCCCUACGCCUGCAGCGCCUGCGGCAAGGCCUUCACGUGCCACUCGUCGCUGAGCGUGCACGAGAAGAUCCACAGCGGGGACAAGCCCUUCAAGUGCACUGAGUGCGACAAGGCCUUCAACAGCCGCUCCCGCCUGACGCUGCACCAGCGCGUGCACACGGGCGAGAAGCCCUUCACGUGCAGCGCCUGCGGCAAGGGCUUCAGCUGCCACUCGUACCUGCUGGUGCACCAGCGCAUCCACAGUGGCGAGAAGCCCUUCAAGUGCAACGAGUGCGGCAAGGCCUUCAGCUCCCACUCAUACCUGAUCGUGCACCAGCGCGUGCACACGGGCGAGAAGCCCUAUGACUGCAGCAAGUGCUGGAAGGCCUUCAGCUGCCACUCCUCGCUCAUCGUGCACCAGCGCGUGCACACGGGCGAGAAGCCCUACAAGUGCGCCGAGUGCGGCAAGGCCUUCAGCCAGAACCACUGCCUGCUCAAGCACCAGAAGGUGCACUCUGGGGACGCCAAGGUGCUCAAGCUCAAGCGCGAGCCCUGCGCAGAGCUGGGCUGGGGCAGCCUCCUCCGGGAGCACCAGACAGCUCAGGGCCCCGAAAAGCCCUUUGCCAUCCAGUUUGACAAGCACUUACUGGGCACCUACUACAUGCCCGGUAGCCUCCUGGGAGCAGGGAGUCCGGGGGUGAGCAGCGUGGAACCCAUAAACACCCUGAACGUUGCAAAACUCCUGUGUGCCGUGGAGACUCCGGCCAGCAGGAAUUUCCCACCAGGAACCAAACCGGGAAAUUAGCGUGGCUUUUGCCCUCUGCCGAGCACAGAGGCUCUCGCCUGCCCCAGGGUCCCAUGCUCCAAGGCCUUUCCCUUCCCCAGGAAGGGUCACGUGUCAGGAGUGGGGAAUGUGGGCACUUGGAGGCACUGGUCUCCCUGAUGGGUCUGGGAGCUACUGAGAAGGCCAUGGGAAUGGCUGUUUCCUGCAGACAGGAGGCAAGUCAGCCUACCGUGCGCUGGGGCAGUCUCCUGGCACAGUUUUGAUCAGGGAUUACACCUGUAAACUGUUAGGGUUAGCUAUUAUGCUCACAAUAAAACCGAAGACUUACGAACAGUG